GCUCCGCCUGGGUGGCCGGGGCCGGUCCGACGCCGGCCAUGAGCCAAUGCGCGGAGGCGGCGGCGGUGGCCGCCACGGUGCCCGGCGCGGGCAUGGGGAAAUCCGGGCUGCGGCCGCCCAUGGUGCCCCGCCAGGCGUCCUUCUUCCCGCCGCCCGUGCCCAACCCCUUCGUGCAGCAGACGCGGAUGGGCGCGGCGAGGCGCCUCCAGAUUUUCUUUCUUGGAAUUAUCCUGCUUCCAAUCCGUGCCUUAUUAGUCGCAUUAAUUAUAUUAUUGGCAUGGCCAUUUGCUGCACUUUCAACAGCUUGCUGUCCCGAAAAGCUGACCCAUCCAGUAACUGGUUGGAAGAGGAACAUUACUCAACCAAUUUUGAAGUUUCUAGGUCAUGCCAUGUUCUUUUCAAUGGGAUUCAUAGUUACUGUGAAGGGAAAGGUGGCAAGUCCUGCGGAGGCCCCAAUUUUUGUUGCUGCCCCUCAUUCAACAUUCUUUGAUGGAAUUGCCUGUGUCGUAGCUGGAUUGCCUUCUAUGGUAUCUCGAAAGGAGAAUGUACAGGUCCCUCUGAUUGGCAGACUAUUACGAGCUCUGCAGCCAGUGCUGGUGUCCCGUAUAGAUCCGGAUUCUCGAAAAAACACAAUAAAUGAAAUAGUAAGGCGAGCAACAUCAAGAGGGCAGUGGCCACAGAUACUAGUUUUCCCAGAAGGUACUUGUACUAAUCGUUCCUGUUUGAUUACUUUUAAACCAGGAGCCUUCAUUCCAGGAGUUCCAGUACAGCCUGUUCUCCUCAGAUACCCAAACAAGCUGGAUACUGUGACGUGGACGUGGCAAGGAUAUACAUUCAUUCAGCUUUGUAUGCUUACUUUCUGCCAGCCCUUCACAAAAGUGGAAGUUGAGUUCAUGCCUGUUCAAGUACCAAAUGAUGAAGAAAAAAACGACCCCAUCCUUUUUGCUGGUAGAGUCCGAAAUUUAAUGGCAGAAACUUUGGGAAUUCCAGUAACAGAUCAUACCUAUGAAGACUGCAGAUUGAUGAUUUCAGCAGGACAGCUAACAUUGCCUAUGGAAGCUGGGUUGGUGGAAUUUACCAAAAUUAGCCGGAAAUUGAAGUUAGAUUGGGAUGGUAUUCGUAAGCAUUUGGAUGAAUAUGCAACAAUUGCAAGUUCUUCAAAAGGAGGAAGAAUCGGAAUUGAAGAAUUUGCAGAGUAUUUGAAGCUGCCUGUUUCAGAUGUCUUGAGACAACUCUUUGCACUCUUUGACAGGAACCACGAUGGCAGUAUUGACUUCCGAGAGUAUGUGAUCGGCCUGGCUGUCUUGUGCAACCCUGCCAAUACAGAGGACAUCAUCCAGGUGGCAUUUAAGCUGUUUGAUGUUGAUGAGGAUGGCUACAUAACAGAGGAAGAGUUUUCCACCAUUUUACAGGCGGCCCUUGGGGUGCCUGACCUGGAUGUUUCUGGUCUUUUCAAGGAGAUUGCCCAAGGGGAUUCUGUGUCCUACGAGGAAUUUAAAAGUUUUGCCCUAAAGCACCCAGAAUAUGCUAAAAUAUUUACAACCUACUUAGACCUCCAGACGUGCCAUGUGUUCUCAUUACCAAAAGAAGUCCAGCCAGCUCCCUCGGUUGCCAGUAAUAAAGUCAGCCCCGAAAAUCAUGAUGAGAGUACCUCAGACAAAAAAGAUGACUGAAGUCUAAUAUUCACAGUCAGAAAAGUCAUUUCCUUGAAACUGUAAAGGGAUUCAUUGAUAGCAUUCUUCAAGUGAUUUCUGAGUAAUUAUGAUGUUCAAAAUGGAAAGCUUUUUAAAAAUAAAAAUGAUAGAUUGCCUUAUCAAAAUGCUUUUAUUCACCUAUGUAUAUUAUUAAGUAAUAUUCCCUUUCUAUUAUGUUAUAUUGUGUGCUGUAUGAUUGGUUUCCCGGUGAUAAAUAUGUCUUUAUGGAUUUAUCUGUUUAAUUUGCAAAUAAUGGUGAAUGAAAUGGUCUCACUUGUUUACUGAUGAGCAUUAAUCAACACUGUAAAGAGUUGUAAAAAGUGCACUUUUCAAUCUAAUUCCCUUUAAAGAAAUGAAGUAAUAGUGUUACUUUCCCAUUCUGAAAAUAAGAACAUUGCAGGAUUCUUUGCCUCUGACUUCACAGAUGCAUUAUUUCAUUUCCAGUUCAGUUUCUUGGAUCACUAAAUGUGAAUUGGAAGGGGGAGUUCCCAUUAAUUCAAUGAGACUUCUUAGAACUCAAAUUCUUUUUAUUGCAGAUUUCCUUACCCACCUACUAAGGAAACUAUCAUUUUGCAUGAUCUACAGUUUAGAACUUUGUGUUAAAGACCAAGGCUAUAACUAAAGGCUAAGUAGGAAUUGCCUUAUUGCAGGUAAACUUGACUUCAUAAUGAGAAAACGAAUCACUUGCCACAGAGUCUAGUUUGAGUUGGAUAGUUCGGAAGGCAGGGCUUGCCCACCAAAUGGGUCACAUUUGAUCCAUUUAUAUAGUAUUAGAAUUAAUACAUUUUACCAUUCAAAUGGGAGUUUUAUUUUGUUAAGUGUCGUCUCAAAUUUUAGAGCUUGCCUGAGAUAUCUACAGGGAAAACACAAAAGGUCCCAAAGUAUUGAAAGCUAGAGAACUCAAAAACCUUAUUAAGGUGAGGCAGCAAUUUAACAUUCUUUCCAUUAGGUCAGGCAAUAAUUCCCUCAAGUGCUAUUUUUACUGGAUGUCACACAGCAUACUUAUUUGUUGUUAAUGUCACUGUGUUUGAAAUUUUGAACAAAGAACCAAUUUAUAUAAUACAGUGUACAAAAAUAAUCGGUUCAUUUCUGAAUUUUGUCUUUGAAAUCAAUCUCUUUGUUUUGGUUGUAUUUCUGAAUUACCCCCAAAUUCAUUUUUUAAAGCCAUUUGUGAAGGUGGGAAGUGUCACGAGAGGUGAGUCAGCAUUUCAAACUAGUUGUACACGUUAAGCUGUGAGUGUUCUAAUUUAAUGAGUGGAUUUGGAUAAUUGCUUACUAAAAUGUUUUAUCCUUAAAUGUAUAGGAUCGUUUGCUUUUUGUGUGUCUUAAAGCUGUUUAGACAGAGUAUUGAAUGAACUGAAAACAACUGCCUAAGUAAUUAGAAAAGUUACCUCUAUAAUAGUGUCUGCAUAUGUAUGUACUACUCAGGUACCAUGAUUGCUUUUUAUCAUAGAAAAGCCACAUAUUACUCCCAUUAAUUAUGAAAAAGUAGCAUUGUAAAUUGAAAGUUUUCUAUGAGGCUCUUGAAAAUGAUUCCCUUGUUUUCCCAUUUUCAAAUAAUAUUUUAUGCUCCUUAAGUCCACUUCUGCCAAUGUAAUAUUCCUAUUUUAUUAUGUUAUUGAAUAAACAAACUUGCUAUAUGAAAUUCUUGGCAAUUAAAAAAUUCUGGUUUUACCA